UCUAUAGCUAGAGAGUGACAUAUGAUCUAAGACUUUUAAUGUAAAGAAAUAUGUGUGUAAUAAUUAAAUUUUUGUUUGACAGCAGUUAACGUUAUGCAAAACAAAUAAUUCAAAUAUUAAUUUUCAAAUGUAUUUACAUUAUAUGUGAAAGUUCUUGUUUAACGGCCAGAUGUAAAAUUGAAUCUACACAACUGAAAAUAUAUCUUUCAAAAAAUGUCUGCUUUUUUCUUCUAUACAUUAUCUUAUAUUUUAAUAUCAGGAUGCAUUAUAUAUCCUCCCACAGAAUUUAUUUCAGUUGGAUUAACUAUAAAAGACAUAUUUUCAAAUUGGUUAGGCAGUGAAAAUGAGUUUUUUGUACAGUAUCAUAUAAGAAGAAGUGUAAUUACGUUAUUUGUACAUUCUAUGCUUCCAUUCGGUUACACGUGUGGGUUAAUUUUAUUUGAACAUAUCGAUAUUAUGGAAGUUUUGCUAGGUUAUCAUAAUUUGUGGUUAAUGUUCAUUACUUGUACCGUUCUCCUUCCAUUAUAUGCAUUGUAUAAAAUUCUAACGUGGUAUAUGAAUAACUGGUCUAAACAUCCUAUAGUACAAAAUCUUAUCAUUUAUUGUAAUAAUAAUAACAACAUUGACAACAACAAUUCAACAUGGUCUACAAUUGCUUCAGACAUCAACACAGAAUAUAGAAGGAUAGACAAAACUAUUAUUAAUACAAAUAGUGUGUCAUCUAUAAUAGCAACAGAUAAUUGGAUAAUUAAGGUAAUGCCUUAUAAAAUAUUAGUUGCCUACCAAAGUAGUACAGCUUUAGUUGUUAAUAAAAGUGACACUCAUAACAUGUCACCUGUAACAAGAGGAGAAAUCACAUUUAUUAAUAUUCAGGUAAAGCCAACAAGAAUUGGAGCAAAGCCUUUUGACAUAAGGAUAAAUGCAUUGGAUUUUAAAAACUUGCAGGACAAAGUUUCAAGUCCCAUUGCCAUACUACAGAAUAUUCAAUUUCAUAAAACUUUACUCGAUAGAUUUAUUGAUAAUUUUAAAGAACAAGUUCAAGAAAAUCCAAUUUAUGAAUUUGCAGAUGAAAUAGGUCAAUGCAUCGGAUGUAUGCAAGCUACGUCGAAUGUAAAAUUAUUUAAACAAUGUACCACAGACAUAGGAAGUGGUAAUUCUGAAGAUUGCAUGACAUGUUAUUGUCGACCCAUGUGGUGCAUAGACUGUAUGGCAAAAUGGUUUGCUUCGAGACAAGACGAAGGUGCUCCGGAAACAUGGCUAUCUUCUAAAUGUUCUUGCCCUUUAUGCAGAGCAAAAUUUUGCAUUUUAGACGUGUGCUUGAUACAGCCUAUUUGAAUGAGACAGAGUUUUCUCUUUGGAGAACAAUAUAUGUAUAUAUUUACACACAUGCAUAGAAGUAAUUAUAAUGAUUAAAAUAGUUUGUGUGAUUUUUAUAUAAAAAUAAAUUGUAAAUCUUUUGUAUUCAAUAAGACUAUUGUAACAAUAGCAGUGUCAUUAAAAAGGUUUAGUUUAUUUAGUUUA